UUCGGAUUCGGAAAUCGGAAUUCGGAAUUCGGAUUUGGGGUUUGUGGUUGUGUACGAACUUCGUAUUUCACUUAUCAAUUUAUCUGAUAUGAGUAUCAAGGAUUCGUAGUUCGGCAAUUUACCAGUUUGGAUUGCUACGAGUAUUUGCUUACAGCUAACUGCAUUAUAUUUUAGAUAAAUAUUAGGACCUUGAAUAAUGUUCGAUAACUCUCUGAACAGUGUGAAGUUUUUUGUUUAUUAGUCGUGUCAAACCAAUCAGCCGAGCCGUUCACUGUUGUGGUAAACAUAACUCCGUAAAACAAAAUGAGCCAGCCUCGGGCUGAUAAUAUGUGCCCUGCAACGCACCUUCGGGUGAUUUUGCCUACAUCCAUGGAGAGCAAUCUCCUGCCACCAUUUAUUGACAUGAUUAAUCAAGUGCCACCCUACGACAUACCGCCUCCAGUAGCAGAUUACACUGCGCCGCCUCCGUACGAUGUCGCCGCCAACUCCAAGCUGCCGACGUAUGAGGAGGUGCAGCGGGAGAAGCAAAUGGAAGGGGACGACACACCACCGCCGAUACCACCACGUCCACCAAUCGCAGCCUUCGUCACGGUGGAGUCCAGCGAGGCGGCCGUAGACCCUGAGAACGGACUGCUCGGCACUGAUGUGAUGUUUCUCACCGCCUUCUUCGUGGCAUUCCUCUUCAACUGGAUUGGCUUCUUACUACUCAUGUGCUUCUGCCACACGGUGGCCAGUCGCUAUGGAGCCCUGGCCGGCUUCGGCCUGUCACUGGCCAAGUGGACACUCAUCGUGAAGCAUUCCACCGAACUGGCCAGCCAUGAGAACUCGUGGCUGUGGUGGCUCAUCAUGGCUUUUGGUGUACUUAUCUGCGUCCGCGCAGUUAUCCAGUACCUGAACAUCAAGCGCGGCUGGCGUCUGCUCUCCGGGACUGCUCAGGAGAGACUGAUGUUUUUCUAUUGAGCACGCCAUCCCCUCCCUUUACCCCUACCAUGAAUAUGUUAUCGAGACACUACAAUAGGCCUAGAAUGCGUCAACGGCAUACCUUGUGAAGAAACGAAGACAGACCAAUAGCGGCGGGUUGUCCGAGACCCAGGGGAGCGUUAUUUUUGGUUCUAUUGCUAUUUGUCGACUAGAUAUUGAAGGGAUUUAUAAUCGACAAAUUGUAGUAGGUACUCUAUUCGAGUUACUUAUUGGACGGAUUAUUUUGCGCUCGAUUCUAAUAUUAUUUAUAUUUCUGCGUUAAAUAAUACUUAUAUUAUUAAAUAUUUGAAGAGUCAAAUAUUUAAAGGAAUCAAGAAGUGUGAAAUUGUAGUACUCGAUUAUUUCAGUACUUUUGGAUGGUGGGAGGCUUCGGCUGUGGCUAGUUACCACCCUACCGACAAAGACGUAGCGCCAAGCGAUUUAGCGUUCCGGUACGAUGUCGUGUAGAAACCGAAAAGGGGUGUGGAUUUUCAUCCUCCUCCUAACAAGUUAGCCCGCUUCCAUUUGCAUCAUCACUUACCAUCAGGUGAGAUUGCAGUCAAAGGCUAACUUGUAAAAAAUAAAAAAAAAAACUUUUAGAAUUUAAACUAUCGUGAGUGUUAUUCAUAUUAAUUUAUUAUGAAACACGGCUAAAACUCAGUUUGGAUCGUGCCGCGAUGCAGGAACCAGCUCAUGACUAAGGGCCCCGCAUGGGUUCAAAACUACUCUGACCUAAUAUUACGUGAGUUUUAGCCGUGUUUCAUAAUAAAUUAGUAUUCCAGUACUGUCUGAUUUUUUGCGCUUGAUUCUAAUAUUAUAAAGAAUGAGUGAUAAUCAUAUGUAGAAUGAGUAAGAGUCAAAAUUUUGACAAAAAGUUACUAAGUAUCGUUAUUUUUUUUUUGCGAUUGGUACUCAUAUUAAUGUGACGUGCACUUCAUACAUGCAUUAAAAUACUGCAUACCCUAAGAGCUGUCUUCAUAGUGCUUGUUGAAUACAGAUUUCUCCAGUUUUUUUUAAUUUCAUUACUAGUGCAUACUCUGGUCGACAACCUUUUGCACGCCACUGGUGAUGUACCCUCAUUUUGCGCUAAAUAAUAUUGUUAGAAUGAUUGAAUCGAAUACGAAUAUUGUAUGCGUAAUAUAAGAUUGCAUUGGUUUAGAAAUCUAUAGAAAAAUGCACUUUUUUAGUAUCAUUAUUAUAGCUCGUAUAGAAUUAUCAUCAUCAUUAUCAAUUCAUAUUUGGCUCACUGCUGAGCUCGAGUCUCCUCUCAGAAUGAGAGGGGUUAGGCCAAUAGUCCACCACGCUGGCCCAAUGCGGAUUUUUCGAAAAUUCUCUGGUAUGCAGGUUUCCUCACGAUAUUUUUCCUUCACCGUUUGAGACACGUGAUAUUUAAAAAUGCACACAACUGAAAAGUUGGAGGUGCAUGCCCCGGACCGGAUUCGAACCCACACCCUCCGGAAUCGGAGGCGGAGGUCAUUUCCACUGGGCUAUCACGGCUCUAUAGAAUAAUUAUGGAUCUUAAAUAAUUAUUAAUUUUAGUUUGAAAAUUUUAUUUUUAAGUGAAUCAUUAGCAAUAAUUGACAUGCGUAUAUGUGAUGAGUUUUAGAACGUAAGGUCAAUUCAUUUUGAAACUACUAUAUGUAUAUUUUUUUUAAUUUUAUGUUUUUUCCAAAAAAAAAAACUCGAUGAUUCGAUGAUGAUUGAAGGUCCGGGUCCAGCUGAGAGAAAAAAAAUACUUACGUAAUUUUUCCUAGGUCAUUGAUGGUCCAGACUUUUAAUUUUUUUAUACUGCAUUCCAUGAAGUUAAAACAUUCUGUUAAUUUUUUUUUCAUUUAAUGUAUAUUAUUUUUUUUUAAUUUAAAAAAAAGCUUCUUCAAGGUUAAAUUUUUGACCUACAUUAUCCUACGAACCUAAUAUCUAGCUAAAAUAGUUGUUAGAUAAUAUACAUAAUAUGUUCAUUUAUCAAUGAAUGCCCAAAGUAUUUUUGAAUUGCACAUAUUAAAAAAAAACACUUAGCGCUAUUUCAACUCAAAAUUGGACAUCUCACAAUUUCAAAUCUUUAAUACAACUGAACUUUGCACAAAUUCAUUAUAAUGAGUUCCGGUAAAAUGUGUAGAAACUGAAAGGGGUGUGGAUUUUCAACCUCCUCCUAACAAGUUAGCCCACAUUCAUCUUAGAUUGCAUCAUCACUUACCAUCAGGUGAGAUUGUAGUCAAAGCUAACUUGUAAAUAAUUAAAAAAAAAUUGACCGAUGACAAAUAAAUUGAUUUAUUUAGCUAUCCUUCGCCCUUAAGUACAACGAAUCCUAGUGACGUCACACAGAUCUGAAAGAAAAUCCUAUAUGUAUUUAAGUUUAACCCCAAAAAAUAAACAUCCUCAGAUGCUUAUUAAUAUAACAAUCAGACCAACACCCAUUUACAUAUUCACAGAACAUAAUUAACGCAACAAAUAAUAUUUUUUUUUUUUAAGAAUAUUUAUCAGAUCUUUUUUUUUUAAUAUGACCAAUAUUCCCAUUCACCUCCAAUAAGUCGGGAAAGACUGUGCUAGGAGUGGGUACGACAAUAUACCAACGGGGCGGGGAUUGAACCACCACCCCUCGGUGAUGAGUCCGACCGCUCUUACUGUUGAGCUAUUGAGGCUAUAUAUUUCAUGAAUUGGCUUUUUAAUGAAUGCGUUACGAAGGUAAGCUAUUGUAAAUAUUUCUUCAUAUUCAUAAAAUCAACAAUAAUAUUGUAUUGCGUUAGGAUAAAACAAAGUGUUAAGUAAAUUUGUUUUAUUUUGCACAAAAUUUUAACAAUUUUAGGUACUUGUUAGAUGUUAAUCUCACUCAUUGGGUAAUAAACUCAUUGGGUGAAUACCCAAUUAGUUCUACUCCUGUAUGGAGACUCACUUUUUAUUGGGUGACACCCAAUCAUUGGGUUUCAAAACUAAUUGUGUGAACACUGUAAUUGUGUGAUAUUUCAUAUGAGUGUGUUUAAAUCACUCAUUGGGUGAGUAUCGACACCCAAUCAGUUCUACUCUUGUAUGCAGGAAACUCGCUUUUCAAUGGCUGUCACCCACUCAUUGGGUUUGACAUCUCAUAAGGUGAAUAUCGACUCUAAAUGAAUUCUACACCUGUAUGCAGGAGACUCACUUCUCAUUGAGAGUAUUAAACUCACUCAUUGGGUGUCAAAACUCAUUGUGUGGCUAAGUCACUCAUUGGGGGAAUAUCGACACUCAUUAAGUAUGACCAUUGUGAAGUGAGUCUUCUGUAAGCAGGACUCACUUCUCAAUGUGUGACACCCACUCACUGGGUGUCAAAACUCAUGAAUAUCAACACCCAAUGAGUUUUACACCUGUAUGCAAGAGACUGUGAUAGCCUGUAUGUGAGAGCUGUGAUAGCCCAGUGGAUAUGACCUCUGCCUCCGAUUCCGGAGGGUGUGGGUUCGAAUCCGGUCCGGGGCAUGCACCUCCAACUUUUCAGUUGUGUGCAUUUUAAGAAAUUGAAUAUCACGUGUCUCAAUCGGUGAAGGAAAACAUCGUGAGGAAACCUGCAUACCAGAGAAUUAUCUUAAUUCUCUGGUAUGUGAAGUCUGCCAAUCCGCAUUGGGCCAGCGUGGUGGACUAUUGGCCUAACCCCUCUCAUUCUGAGAGGAGACUCGAGCUCAGCAGUGAGCCGAAUAUGGGUUGAUGACGACGAUGCAAGAGACUCCCUUCUGAUUGGGUAUUAAACUCGCUCAUUGGGUGUUGUUACUAAUCGACUAAGAUUACAAUUAUUUAUUAUCAAUAAUUAAUAAAUAAUUGUAAUCUUUUCGUAAAUAAAAUUAGUCCAUAAGAGUGGGCAGAUUAUUAUUAUCUUAAGAAAUCGCUGGAAGAACCAAACACAUAUUUCUUGGUUCGGAAAGCUUUAUACCAAUAUCCUAUUGAAAUGGCUUAGAACUUCAGAGAAAGAGUGCACCUGUGUGUGCGCACAGAUUUGUGCACUGUAUUGUCUCAUGCGCCAUUGGAUAUUCUUCGCUAUUCUGCACACCGGGGUUAAAUUCGAUAAUAAUUAUUGAAUCUAAGUAAAAUUAAUUAUUUAAUAAAAAAAAAUUGAUCAUGGUUCAUGUAACCAACAAAAAAAAAUUGACUAUACAUGUGUAAUGUAAAGAAUUAUUAUAAUUUUGUUAUUUAUUUUAUAUAUUUUAUUAAUUGUACAUUGUUAUGCUGAUGAACAGUCAAUAUAGUGGGUUAGAAAAAUCUUGAUGCUUUUUAGUUUUAUGCUGAUUUGAUUUUGAAAAGUAUGUUAAAUUAUAGCUCAGUGCAGCUCUUUCUAUCUAUAUAAUAUUAUAUAAGAAAGAAAAGGACGUGAGAUUAAAUCUCGCAUUUUUUCCAUUUGACUGUAUACAGGGGAUGGAAAAAAUAAAUUAAUUUAAUUUUACUAACCAAAUAAUAUAUUUAAUCUCAUAUGGCCACCCUGUAUACUAUUUGUAUUUCAUAUGUUGAAACUAUUGACCUCUUUUAAUAAAAGGAUGCACAAUGGUGUAGACAAUUUCACUUAAAAACUGGCCAAUUUUGCUCUGACAGAUUUAGAAUUAUUAAGAAAAUUAUACCUAAAGGCCUUUAAAUAUACUCCAAUAUUCAAUAAAAUCCCAAAUUCAGAGGAAAUUCAACCUUAAGGAUUGAGUUUAAGGUUGAAUUUGCAAAUGCGACUAUUUGAAUUGAGUGCCAAGAAGUUGUAUUUGGCACUCAUUGAGUGUGGACGUUUUUUGGUCGCUGAUUGUGCAUCCACUUUUUAAUAGGAGAUCGAUGGUUGAAAUCUACUUAAUAAUAAGCUAUUAUGUUUACUAUAAUUAUUAUGACUUAGUUAUUCUUAUUUAGGUAUAAUUUAGCUAAGUUUUACUUACCGCUGUAAAAAUAUAAUAAAGACACACAAUUUUUUAGUUUAUAUUUUAGCACCUUUAUAAAACCUUUUUGUAAAUAAUAAAUCUUCUUAAAUUUCUCUAGUUGUUAGACUACUACUAAAAUGUUACUUGUAUUAGUGUGUGUGGACAUAAUGUCCAUGAAUUUAUUACUUUUUUUCAAAAUAUAUAGAUUGCUAUACAAUGUGUCAGUUAGGUACUGACAGUCAACUGAACCGAAAAAUUGCUGAUUCAGUUAAAUUUUUUUUAGAAAUUUCAGUUAAAAUCAUUAGAAUAAAAAAAAAAUAAAAGCAGAAUUUUUUUUUUAUGUAAGCGCUCUAAAAAUAACAAAAUAUUUUUUUCUUUAAAAAUUUUAACUGUCAACUUAUAACCAUUAUAUACAAUUUAUAUGAUAGCAAAAGUUUGUCGCGAGGUUUAAUCCUAUCUAUACCUAUCAGUACUUAAUUGAAUUAAAAUCCUACUAAUAUUAUAAACGCGAAAGUUUGUAUGGAUGUUUGGAUGUUUGUUACUCUUUAACGCCGCUACUACUGAAGCGAUUUGGCUAAAAUUUGGAAUGGAAAUAGAUUUUACUCUGGAUUAACACAUAAGCUACUUUUUAUCCCGAAGAAAUCCAUGGUUUCCCGAGAUUUGCGAAAACUGAAGAUUUUAAUAAUAAGAAUGUUUGUUACUCUUUCACGCCUCGACUACUUAACUGAAUUAGCUGAAAUUUGGUAUUGAGUUAAAUUAUAGCAUGGAUUAACACAUAGGCUACUUUUUAUCCCGUAAAAAUCCAUGGUUCCCGAGGGAUUUGUAAAAAACUAAAUUCCACUAGUUGAAAAUAUAAUAAAGUUACCAGAUCAAUUUACAUAAUUAAAUUGGUAGGUACUAGUUUAUUUUCAAAUUGCGCGACAAGCAAAUUUGCUUUAAUGACAAGGUCAUAUUAAUUGUAUUUAAUGAGGUUAUAAGUUGAUAGUUGAAAUUAAUAAAGAAAAAAAUAUUUUGUUCUUUUUUUGAGCGUUUAAAUAAAGCUUUUUUUAAAAAAGUAUUCUUUUUGCUUUGGUGCCUUUAUGAGGUAUCACGGAAUAGCUUCAUAAAGAGUCUUUAGGACUUAAUCAUCAUUUAUAACUAUUAGAAUACGAAGUAAAUGUGCUCUUUCACUUAUUUAACACUCUUAAAAUGUAUGAUUUUUUAUUAUUGAUAGAUCGUACGUCCAAAAAUCUAACUAUCUUAAAAUCUAACGUUAGUGCAAUAAAGAUCUAGUUGUCAAAAGUUUAUAAACGUUUUGGGAGGCUACAAAUUAUAAUAGUAGAUUGUUAUACAAGGGGCUAAAAAGACCCAUUUUAAACGAGGUAUUUUUAGGGCACGAGCCGAAGGCGAGGGCCGCCUAAAUAGAAACCGAGUUUAUAAUGGGUUUAGCCCCGCGUGUUACACAAUUCUUUUCACUACGAUUGCGAGAACUAGAACGCUGCAUUUCAUUCCAAUUUAAAGUUUUUUAUUUAUUUUUCAAAACAAUCAGGGCCUUACCUAUAAUGAUUCUAUUUUCGAAUAAAACCUCCUCCGUUUUAUAGUAGGCUAGUGCUUGGCUAGUACACGUAACAGACAAGAAUUAAAAAAAAACAAAAUUACUUUAGCCCCUAGAGGCUGAAAUGCUUGUUUAGCCCCGCUGUGGAUUGGUAAUAUGACAGUGUUUUUGAGCAAGAGUAGUGAAAAAUAUAUUUGUACAUACAAUCGCACUUACUUGAAUACUAAUAUAGCAAUAUUAUUAACACAAUUAUGUUUUGGCUGUACUCUAAAAUGUGUAUUAUAAUUUGUAGCCUACAUAGUACUUUAAUAUACCUAUGUACUAUAGCGUCACUUGACUAUAUUGUUACACUUGGCAUUAAAAAUAUAUAAUAUAUGUCAUUUUAAAUUUAACGUGAAUGUGAAUUUAAUAUAACUAGAUAAAAUGUUAUUUUUAUAGAAUAAUUUUAGUGAUUAUUAUUAUUAUUUUAUAUUAUAUAGGUACCUACUUACACAGGCUUUUUGAAUAAACUAAAAAAAAAACAUUUGUAAAGUUGUAAACAAAUAUUUUGUUUCAAAAUAUCUAAUAUAAAAAUCAUCAACGAAAAAUAUUGUUUGAUUUAGUAGUGAAAUUGCGUUUUAAAGUAAGCUUCUGUACUAUUAAAUUGUAAAAUUAAAAAGGUAUUACACCUAAUUAACAAUAAUUUAUUUAUCAAACUUAAAUCAUUAACGAUUAACGACGAACUAAAUUGAAGUUGAAAACUUACGGGCGAAUAAAUUUACGAAUCAGAGCCUGUUGUAGUCAGACCUUCCCAUUUUUUUGGAAUUGGUGAAAGAUUGUCAGGCCAUGCUCCUAUCUUGGGUAACUUUUGGUAGACAAUUACGAGUAUGGAGUAGGUAAGUCUGAUGGCUUUGGAAAUUUCAAGGGUCCAAUCAUCCAAGUAUAAAGAGUAUAUUUUUAUAUAUACCUCGGCAUUCUUAUGAGAAAUUAUAUCCCCAGUAGCCUGUCAUUUAGCUAUGUGGCUUCCCUUUAAACACCACUGUUAAAGUUAAAAAAAGGUCUUUAACGAAGGGUUCCGACGAAGGUAAGUGUUUGGCUGUUGAGAUUUCUCAUAUUAGGAAAGAAAGAAAGAAAAAUGCGUUUAUUUCGAAAUUAUGCCACACGUCACAAUAUCUCCAGUACACCAGGACAUCCAGGACAAUACCCUGUGAUGUGUGGCAUAACCCAGAAAAUGGCCCCAGCUCAGCAUAUUGCUACGUGACCGUUUGCAUUGGAACAUGGAGCGCUGAUUUUCAGUUGGAUCCACAGAAGAUUGGACCCUUGAAACUUACCAAAGCCACAGCGGUUCUAAUUCCAACUCCAUGGAAAGAAGAAGAAAAUUUCCAACUUCUAUAAUUGGCUAUCGUAAUGAUGGUAACAACAACAACUUUCAACUUUUACAUGAUGCCGAAGGUCUGGCUAUUACACAGGCUCUUAGUUUAAAUAUAUAACUUACUCGUUGGAGUAAUUUUCAGCCCUCUGGUGUGACAAUUUUUAUGAAAUUUGUCUGGUAUUUUGUUUACAGUAGGUACGUAUUUGGUUAUUGCACGAAUUUAUAAAAUGUCUAUGUGAUUUUGUCAAUUCAUAAUAUGUUUCUUAUAACUGGCUCAUGUGACAUAAAUAUAAUUUUUGUGAAAAUA